AUGGAGAAUGUUUUCGAUAGAGCUGCAAACUUCAAAGAGGUCGGAAUUGGGGCAGUUCUGUUUUUGGAAUAUGGACAGCACUAUCCAGCACCAGCAAAGAUAAGAUUCCCUUGUACCAACAAUAUGGCUGAAUAUGAAGCAUACAUCCUUGAGAUCAGAAUGGCAGUCGACAUGAAUGUUAAAGAACUUUUGGUCAUAGGAGAUUCCGAUCUAUUGAUACACCAAGUCCUCGGGGAAUGGUUCACCAAGAAUGUCAAGAUACUUCCGUACCUACACUGGGUGAAGGAGCUAUGCAGUAAGUUUACGAAGAUUGAGUUGAAGCACAUCCCCAGGAUUCAAAACGAGUUCGUUGACACCCCUGCAAUUCUAUCGUCUAUGAUUCAGCAUCCAGACAAGAACUACAUCGAGCCUAUUGAGGUAGAUAUCAGGGAUCAACAUGCCUAUUGCUUCCAUGUAGAUGAAGAACUAGAUGGUAAACCAUGGUAUCACGACAUAAGGAAAUUCCUUGCACCCAGAGAAUACCUGGAGAAUGCUACUAAUGGACAAAAUAUAGCCCUUAGGAGGUUGGCAAACCACAUUUUCCUCAACGGGGAAGUCCUGUACAGGAGGACCCCAGAUUUAGGAUUGUUGAUAUGUGUAGAUGUUGCCAAGGCAACCAGGUUAUUGGAAGAAAUACAUGCAGGGACGUGCGGAUACCACAUGAAUGGAUUCACAUUACCCAAGAAGAUUUUGAUAGCUGGAUACUUUUGGAUGACUAUGAGUGACAAUAUCUACUAUGUGCAAAAGUGUCACCAGUGCCAGAUUCACGGGAAUAUCAUCUGGGUUGCGCCAAAUGAGUUAAACGUAAUAGGUUCACCCUGGCCGUUCGCCGCUUGGGGCAUGGACGUGAUUGGACCUAUAAAGCAUGCCACAUCAAACGGGCAUCUCUUCAUCCUGGUAGCUAUCAACUAUUUCACUAAAUGGGUCGAAGAAUCUACUUACAAGGCCGUCACAAAGAAAGUAGUGACAGAUUUUGUCCGGAACAACAUCAAUUGA